AUGGAGUCCUUUCUCUGCACACCAUCGCACGCCACGGUGACCGGAGUGCAUGCCGCCCUGCGCCGCCCCGUCCUGGUCCGUGCCAGCACGUCGGCGUUGACGCAGGCGGCACGCUGGAGGGCUCUCGCCGUGCGCGCCCAGGCGAGCGCGCCGGAGCCGGAGCGCCUGGCACCGGCGAAGGGAGGAGUAGGACAAGCGAUGCUGCCCAGGACCGCAUUGAGGGUUGGCGCCGGCGUGGCGCUCGCGCUGGCCCUGGGCGGCGUCUCAUGGUCAGCGCGCAGCGGUGGCGCCGGUGCCGGCGCCGUCUUAGUGCAGCCGGCCGCGGUAUGUAUGAUGAACGCCGUCACGGACGGAGCAGAGCGUGCUGGCGGCACCCCGGCGGCGGCGGCUGUCAUGAGGACGAGCGUGGACGCGCUCUCCGACUCGCUGUUUCGGCGUGAGGAUGCGCCCAGGGAUCACGCCACUCUCAUGGACCUCGUCUUCGAGCAAGUCACCAAGGAGCACAUCGGCGACAGGGGAAAGCUGACGAGCCUGCUGCAGAAGGAGUGGUCGGCGUCCCGCGACUCGGAAAGAAAGCUCAACCUCGGCUUGCUGCUCACUGAUGUACUCAUCAACCAGAGAGAAUGGCAGAGGGCCAAAGAAGUUUGCCAGCAACUCACUGGCCGCUACCAACGUGAUUCGAGGCCAUACCUGCAUUUGGCUGUCAUCAACAUGAUGAUGGCAGUGGAGACCAUGCUCUCUCCGGAGACGGCCACUGCCGACGACAUCGAGAAGAUGUCCAAGAACGCCAUGGACGCCUGGAAGGAUUUCAAGAACAAGUACGAACUUGCCAAGGGAUCAACAGAGUCCAGCACCUGACGGGACCUGAUACAGUACUGAUAAUUCUUGGGAAGAAUCUUUAUGUCUUGCCUAAAGACAGAACCUUGUGUUGAGUGCUGACCACUCUUGUGAUGGAUUAUUGUGCCUUGACAGCCUAGUUGCGUGUGAACUUUGCUUCAGUGCUUCUGACUUGAAUGUACUCGUGAAGACAUAUCUCAUUAUCUCUUACCAAGAAAAAAAAUCUGUGUGUGUAACUGUGCUUACCGAAUUUCCGCUCGAUUGUAUAUUUACGAAGAGUGCAAUAUUCAGACCCAAAGUGAAGUAUGAAA